UUGACAUUUUCCUUUGAAGACUGCAACCACUCACAAAGCUCGCAUGUUCUGACGGCUCCCAAGGACCAGCCGGUUCUGGCUGGCUCGCUUGUGGUCAUUUUUCCUCACUUAAAGUCUCGAGAGUCUACAGGCCCUGUUUUCACCUUGCUCUCCUGUAGCGUCUGCAUCUGUACUGUCGCCGUCGCGUCGUCUCGACCCGACUUGGAUCGGCUACAUCUGCCUUUCUGUAGGCUUUCUCACUCGUUAUUGGCCGUUCUUCCCUCCGAUUAUACGCUUGCUCAGCUCUGGCCGACUUCAAAUUGA